AUUCACACUAACCACUAAGAUGACAAAUGUACUCGUCUGUUGCGUCAUACUUGCAAUUGUUGCGUCAGCGUCUUCUAAAUGUUAUGAAUGGAACUCGCUUUUCGUAUUUAACUGGAACUUGUUGGCCCCAAAGUGGGCGAACGACGCAAUGUACCCAGCAGGCGUUAUAGAUCGACGAUUGUUCAACGAAACAAACCGAUUGUUGAUGGCGAAGAACGCGAUUAUCGGCGCUAAUGCUGACGUCAUAAUGCUACAAGAGGUUCAAAACGAUUGGCUUGAAGAAAUAAAGCUGGCUCUUGGUAAUACAUAUGACCUUGCUAUAUAUAAAGAACACGAACCCAUCUUUCAACCUUCGGCAUUUUUACGUAUCAACAUAAAACAGGGCCUCGGUAACGCCAUUUUCUUCAAACCACGUCGACUUACGUUGCUCGAUACUCGCGACUUUCUUACGACAUCUAGCGGCAACCGUGUGGUGUUCGCGACCUUCGAGAUGGCCCAGGUCAACCGACCACCGAUUACCUUCGUUAACAGUCAGUUGGAAAAGGGAAUACUGGGGAUUGGAACGAGGCUGUUUCAGGUAAACAGCAUUCAUCAAAUUACGAAGAUGAUCAAGAAAGAUUUAGAACAAAGAUUUUCGCUUGAGUUUGAACCACAAGUAGUUUGGGGUGGAGACUUCAAUACAUUAUCUGACAUGCAAACUUAUGCGAGGAUGAGCAACCUUGGAUAUUCGAAUGUGUUUGAUGUGUUAAAGCUUCCAACACCAAACAAUUACUACGGCAGCUUGGUGUUCCCACACCCGAUAAGCUACGUAUUUGUCCCAACACAAAGCGUUCAACGUAAAUUAAUAGAAAUAGCAUAUUCGUUCGUUAAUAACGAAGGUAAGAUGUGUGCUUUGAAAUAUAUAUAGUAGGGUAGGGGAAGA